AUGUAUGUCUUGUCGCUAAUCACAGAACUAUCAAGCUAUGGCGUCAUCAAAAUCGCAUGUGGGGAUAACCACUCCCUCGCCCUCACUCGAGAUGGACGCUUAUUUUCCUGGGGGAGUAACGGCAAUGGCCAGCUCGGCAUCAAGCAGGAGCGGAGUACUCGACACCACAACGCCGUACCGACUCAAGUUGAAGGCCUCGCAGAUGUUACAUUGCAACAUAUUGCCGCUGGGGGCGCUCACACUGCCGUUGUUUCCUUAACUGGUUCUGUCUAUGUAUGGGGCAGUAACUCGCACGGACAACUAGGCCUCCUAGUAACACAAGAUGUGAAGAUACCUUACAAGUUAAAGCUAGUUAGGGAAGGAGUGAAGCACAUCUCUUGUGGAGAAAAUUCUACCAGUUUCUUGUUUAAGAAUGGCGAGCUGUAUGUUCUUGGAAUGGGUGUAGGAAUGCAUCCACACCAGUGGUACAAGACUGAACUGAGCCCGGGACGAACAGAUAAAACUCAUCUCUACUCAUCCUUGCAAUCAUACGGUCGCUAUACUUUCGUCGUCGAGCAGUCCAGCGGUAGACCGUUUGUUCUGGACCACGGAGAGGUAGGCGAUCUAGAUCUAAACGGACCUUCCCAAUACCUGCAACUCGAUCCCCUGGAAGAAACCCCAUUCGCUGAUGUCUUUGGACUCCAAUCGCUCCCGGAAUGGCCUCCCAGAUGGGAUAACGUUGACAUGGAACUGUAUAAAGUUCAGAAGGACGGUACAUUUGAUAAAAUGUUUUGA